AUGGAAGAGUGCAAACCAACUGCAACUCCAAUGAAUCAAAAGGAAAAGUUUUGCAAAGAAGAUGAAGCUAAAAGGGUUGAUGAAAGGUUGUACAAAAGCUUAAUAAGGUGUUUGAUGUAUUUGAUAGCAACCAGACCAGAUAUUAUGUAUGCUAUGAGUUUACUAUCAAGGUACAUGCAUUGUGCUAGUGAAAUUCACUUUCAAGCAGCAAAAAGAAUCCUUAGAUAUGUUAAAGGCACAAUUGAUUAUGGAAUAAGGUUCAGUCAAGUUAAAAGUUUCAAUCUUCUUGGUUAUUCUGAUAGUGAUUGGGCAGGAUGUGUUGAUGAUAAGAGGAGCACUUCUGUGUUCCAUGGAAGAACAAAACACUUCAAGAUCAAGUUUUUCUUUCUAAGAGAAGUUCAGAAGGAUGGAGAAGUGCAACUUGUUCAUUGUAGAAUAGAAUAUCAUAAUGCUGACAUUCUAACAAAGGCACUUCCUAAAAACAUAUUUGAGUUCUUCAGGAAAAGACUUGGAAUAUGCAGCUUCAGUGUCAAGGAGGAGUGUUGA